GGCAACCCGCGCGCCUCACUCAGGGUUCAACUUUUUCAACCUUCGGACGUCUCGGGUCUCUUGGACUUUGUGACGAGUUUUUACCAUUAGAUCUCAAUAAUACCGUCAGAUGUGCCUUUUCAACGGCUCAGUUUAGCUUUCAGGAGAAAACCUAAAUGCAAAUGACACACAUUGAAUAAUAUACCAGUGUGGAUUAUCUAUUUAAAAAUGGAAGUCUUCGAUUCCAUAAUGAACUUGUUAAUUGAGUGGAACUUGUGCAUUUUAAUGUUUAUAUUAUAUUGUGUGAUAAUAAGUCUGGGUGGAGUUUUAGUAAACUUUGUAAGGGUCAGCAUUCCCCUGCCAAACAUUUUCCUGCAGGCCUUCAAGUUUGGCAAGAUGGCUCAUACAGGUCACAUAAAUGCACUUGUUACUCACCUAGAAGUUCCAAAGAGAUGGUUUGCUCAUUUUUAUAUAUCUGCCUCUGUGAUAGUGACAGUGGCCUUAGUACAGUUGUGGAACUUGUAUGUACUGAGGGUUCCUCUGCCGCCAUGGGUCAGUGUUACUCUGGAUGUUCUCACUACACCACACAGGAGACCAACAGUAAAUGCUACUACAGCAGCCUUGGGUAUCAUUCUACUGGCCAUCCAGAUAUAUAGACGACUGUAUGAGAAUCUCUUCAUCAGUGUGUUUAGCUCGGGGCGUAUAAAUAUACUCCACUACAUUGUUGGCCACACACAUUACGUAGGAGCUGUGGUUCUCCUGUUAUCUCAGGCUCCAGGUUUUGAUGGUGCAGAACAACACAUUUCUUUCACUGGUAUUGAAUUUUGGCAAAUUGUAGGAACCAUAAUAUGUUUCUUCGGGUUUGCCAUCCAGAACAAAAGUCUACGCAUGCUAGCUGCCUUAAGAAGAAACCAUGGAAAAAAAAUGAAGGAGAAGUAUAUGAUGCCACAGGGAGGACUGUUCGAGGUGGUGUCAUGUCCACAUAUGUUUGCUGAAGUUGUGGUGUAUGUGGGUAUUCUUGUGAUCCUGCGAACGCACAUUGGCUGGAGUGUUGUCACAAUUUGGGUUAUUUCCAACCAGAUACAGGUGGCAAUCAUGAACCACAAGUGGUACCAAGAGACCUUUAAGGAUUACCCAUGCAAUCGUAGGGCCAUCAUUCCAUUUCUGUUGUGAAAAUUACUGUUAAUAGAUAGUUACUCAGUAUUUCUUUAAUGUUUGUGCUUCUAGUUGGUGGUAUGGAAAAGUAUCUUAGGAAAUAUAUGAAUACUAAGGAGUAUAUGUAGGUCUUUAUUCCAUGGUAUUGUUUAUGGGAGCAAGACACAUUUGAAAGUUUCUCAUUUCACUAUUUAUGUUAUCAUACGACUUGCAGAUAUUGUUGUAGGCCAAAUAAUAUGUUUUCAAAUUUUUUCUUCAUUAUAUGUUCUGAUAGCCAUUGGUUCUUAACUUUUUGGCUGCAUAAUAUGAUAAGUGAUCAAAUCAAGGAAAUAGGGCCUUUGCUGUAAUAAAUGACUUUUGUUUGUUUAUCUAACAAAGCAUUUCCAAGUCAUGCAAUGUAUAUCCAGGUCAUGUGAUAUUCAAAACAAGCUGCUGAACCCUGUACUUGCUGCUAUCUGUUGGCAACAGAAUGAAAUGUCAACCAAUGCAGUAGUGCAAAACAUUUACAGUAAGGCCUCCUUCAAACGAUGAUAUACAUUGUACUUAACAUAUAUAAUGUUAUUUUAUGUUUUGUAACAUGUUAUUUACAAGAAAUAUAUACUUAAAGUAUUUAAGCAUAUUGGAGUCAAUUGGAGGCUUGAAAAGAGCUUUAUAUUUGUUGAAUGAUACAGCUGUAAAAAGUAGCCUUUUUUCUUAAUAGAAAUAUAAUUAAAAAUGUGACAAAUUGUAUUUAGGUUGCUUAUUGAUGCUCGGUAGGGAUAGAGCCCGGAAAAAUAUAUUGCCGCCAAAUAGGUAAUGAUGUAGAAUACAGUAUAUAGCUAUACUCUACAUAGUAUUUAAAAGAAUGUUUAAUGUUUUAGUAAAGUACUGUAUUUGAUUAAUUUUUAUAUUGCAUAAUUUUGAGUAUGUCUGGUAUGCUAAAAACUGUUGUUCAUUGAUAUGCAGAUAUAAAUGCUAAUAAAGGUACAGUAUUUGAUAAUAAAGGUA